AUGCGCAAAGCUACUAGACAUAUCAACCUUGAGGAUUUCAAAAAACGAGCUCGGCAAGAGGUCGCGCCGCAACCGCUUAGCUCAGAGGAUAUCAAGAGAGCCCUGAUCAAAUCCAGCUAUGAUUCCUACAAGUUUACAAUGGAGCAAUGGUCGUACUUCUCUAAACAUAUUCUGGAGAAACCGAUGGCUGAGCAACGCUUUACAGAGGCACCUACAACUUUUCAGAUUAAGCUCUUCCUGGAGUGGUUUACUCAGACACGUACAGGUCUCUUGGAAGAAUGUAUUACUGACACAACCCUUUUCAACCGCUUCAACAGUCUGAAGCGGGCUGUUAAGAUCCACACGCGUUACCAAUACACUACCGUGCAGAACCAGGACAUUAUCAGUUUUGUCACAAAGGACCUCAUCCCACGGGGCCUUCUCUCAACAUGCGCUCGCGCUAAGCCACUUGCGCCUGCCGCAGUUGCAAAAGACAUUAUUAGGUUUCUGUUCGCUAGCGACGAGUACAAGCAUCUGCACCCUCGCAUACGUACCUAG